AUGCCAAGCUAUGUGAAAUUCCUCAAGGGUAUACUUGAUAACAAAAGAAAGAUCAGGGGAAAUGAAAUAGUUGCAUUAACAUACGAGUGCAGUGCGCUGUUUCAAAAUAACAUCCCUACCAAAAUGAAAGAUCUUGGGAGUUUGACAUUACCCUGCUCAAUAAGGGGAAAAAAGGUCGGGAACACGCUGUGUGAUUUGGGGGCAAGUAUAAACCUAAUGCCCUUGUUGAUCUUCAAGAAGCUAAAUAUCAGCAGCGCAAGACCAACCACGAUUACAUUACAGUUGGCCGAUAGAUCGAUAACGCAUCUCGAGGGAAAAUUAGAGAAUGUACUCGUGCAAGUAGAUAAGUUUAUCUUUCCUGCUGACUUUAUCAUAUUAGAUUAUGAAGCUGAUAGAGAAGUGCCUAUCAUCUUGGGUCGCCCAUUUCUUGCAAUAGGGCAAGCACUGAUCGAUGUACAAAAAGGAGAACUCACCAUCAGGGUUGACGAUCAGCAAGUGAAGUUCAAUGUUCUCAAUGCAUUGAAAUACCCAAGCGAUAUGGAGAAUUGUCAGUAUGUUGAGGAAUUGCAGGAAGAACCUUGGCACGAACCCCUAGAAGAAUUGAAGGAAGAAGAUUUUGGAAUCGGCGCAAUAUGGGAGGAAAAUUGUGCCCCAAUUCAAAUUGAACAGAUUUUGAAACGAUCAAGUUAUCUGAGCGAACAUUGCAAUGCACUAAGCCAUCCUUGGAAGAACCACCCGUGCUAG